AUGUCAAAUACCACUGUGUCCAACGUGUAUCGAGGGGUUAUCGAAGAUGUUAUUGAGAAUGUAAAGAAAGACUUUGAUGAUAUGGGACUUGAUGAGUCGAUAUUGACAGAACUUAAACGAUCGUGGGAGCAAAAAGUGGGUAUGGGUACCCGUGCACCUAAUAACUGGGAGAAUAGUUAUGGUCAAGAUAGAGUUUCUCUUGAUUCAUCUUCUGAUGCAAACGCAACUUACAACAAUAGUAUACAUAAUAAGUUAAAGAAUCCGCCUGAUUAUGAUACAAAUGUCGCAGCAGCAGACUUAGCAACACUUGCUGCUGGUCAUCAAUUGAUGCAUUCAGAUAAUGGGAAUGGUCUAGGAAAACCUCAACAAUACCUAAUAUCGUCGCCAAAUAGUAAUAACAAUGGACAUCAAUUUGUUACAAAUCUCGUUGAUAAUACGGCUGCUAUGGGAAGUCAAACAGUUCCAACUGUAGAUCAAAAGAUUUUUGAUCAAAAACCUCUCGAUCAAAAAAUUCAUCACGAGGAUAUUUAUAAUAAUCGAAAACUUGCUGAAGAAGAACGAAAAAAACAAGAGAAAGACCGUAUAGAGCGACAAUCGCGACAAAUUGCACCUCGUGGUGCCGCGCCUGUCAAUUAUUCAAUUAAUAAUCAUACCAUACCCCCUAACCUAACGUUACCAGUAUCGGUUGAGCCGGCUGCAAAGAAACGAAAAUAUUCGCCAGAUGAUGAUUUAAUUAAUUCUGACCUUGACUCAGACGAAGAGGACGUGAAUGCUGAUGGCGAGGAGACAUCGAAUAUUAUUUUAUGUUUAUAUGAUAAGGUCACCCGCACAAAAAAUAAAUGGAAAUGCCAAUUGAAAGAUGGAAUCAUGUCUGUCAAUGGAAGAGAUUAUGUUUUUCAUAAGGGUAAUGGGGAUUUUGAGUUUUAA